CAUGUGUAUUUGUUUAUCUAUCGAGAAUAAAGUGUUUAGAUACGGUAAUAUUUAGUAAGCUAAAAAUACUAAAAUACAGUUAAAAAGAUGGACGAUUAUCUGGGGUCGGUCGCGCUCCCGAGCAUGAAAGUGCGCCAGAAGAAAUUAUGUCAGAGCAGACUGAAAGCACGUGUGGAACCAGUUUAUAAUGAUACCAGCAAUGUUGGCGUGCGAAUGUUGGAGAAACUUGGAUGGUCCGAAGGCAAAGGGCUUGGUAAACGGGAGGACGGCAUGGCUGCACCGAUUCUCCCCAAAAUGAAACAAGACGUCGAGGGCUUCGGGUAUGUCGGAGAGAGAGACGACCACUGGACCCAGCACGGUCAAGAUUUCAAUGAGCUGCUAAAGUCGCUAAACGGAGAGGCACCCGAUGUAGACGAAAUCGACCUUGCAAAAAUGAAAUCAUUGGAAGAAAAGUCCAAACAAUCCCGGGCUAGGGUACACUAUAAAAAGUUCACCCGUGGGAAGGACUUGAGUAGGGCUAGCGAGAAAGAUUUAGCUAACAUCUUCGGUAAGAAAUCAAUGAACAAUAUUAAAGAGUCCACGGCUGUCCAACAAGUUGAAGUUCAAGAUGAGAACAAAAAUGAGCGAGAAACAAAUAUUCUGGGCUUGACUACGAUUAAGGCGAGCGUGUCUUUGCAGGAUUAUUUCAAAAACAAAAUGAAUGCGAAAAUGACGGCGGAAACGGUUGAGGAUACUUCGGAGAAAAAAGUUAAAAAAUUAAAGAAAAGCAGAAAAUUUGCAAAUGAUUCUGUGAAUGUCGAAGAUAGUCAGUUCCAGAGCCAAUUAAUAGCCUGCGAAGUCGAUGUUGAUGAUAGUCUCAAAGAAAGCAAAUCAGUAGAUACUAUUAUUUCGGAACUUUCUGUGAAGCAAGAACAUUCAUUAACCGAAAACAAGAAGUCCAAAAAAUUUAAGAGGAGUAAUCAGGCAGAUCCCGAGCAGAACCAGGUUAAUUCUGUUGAGGAUGUGCAGGCAUCCGAGGAAACUCCCGCGUCUGGUUUAAUAAUGGCGAGUAUGUCUUAUCAGGAUUCUUUUAAAAGUAAGAUGCAAGCGAAACAUAAAGCUCAGAAUAACGACAGCGAGGUUGAAGUAGCGAAUAUGGGAGUUGAUAAAGAGAGCAUAGAAGCUGUCGAAACGAAAACAGAAACUAAGGUUAAAAAGUCUAAGAAAAAAAAGCAUCAUCGAAACGUUGACAACAAGUUAAUUGUGGAAGAAGUUAUGUUAACGGGCGAACAAGUCAUUGUUUCGAAAUCAGGUACCGAAAAUGGAAUUUCGAAUAGUGAAAUUGUUGAUAAUAUAACGGAAAGAGCAUCCAAAAAAUCUAAGCGCAACAAAAUUGAUUCCCAUAGCCCAGCUCCACAUCAAAGUGAGACUAAAUCUCCAAUCAACAAUAUUGAGUCAAAGCAGGGACUGGACGACAGUAAUACCACGAAAUUUGUAACGUCAAGCAUGUCUUAUCAUGACUAUUUUGAAAGUAAGAUGCAAGCCAAAUUGAAAGCACAAAAUAGUGGCUUCGAGGCAGAAAUUGGUGAAGACAAGAAAAUGCAACCAGAAAGUAAUCCGGCCGAGAAUAGCGAAGAGGUGAGAGUAAAAAAGUCAAAGAAAAGAAAAGUACCAGAGCAAGAGCCUUUUGCUGGAGAACAAUGCGCUGAAGAGGCAGAAAAAGAUGGAACCAUUGAGGUGUUGGACAGGGUGAAGAAGUGUAAGAAAUCUAAGAAAAACAAAAAACGUGACCCGAAUGAAGUAGAUGAGCUAGGUUCCUCACCCUGUGGAGAGAAGCCUAUGCAGGAAGCUGAUCAAAGCUUUCUAAAAAACGAACAGGAGCCUAAGAAAAAGAAGAAAUCGAAGCGGAAACAUUCCACAGAAAACAUUUUUAACGAUGAUGGAAACAAUUCUCCGCUCGAUGAUACUCUAGUGGAAAACACAGGGCUGAAUGACCCCGUCACAAAGAAACCCAGAAAAAACGAACACAAUUCCAAUGAGGACCUUGAAAAUGAAAAAACAAUUGAUGAAGUUGAUCCCCAAUCAGAAGAAGCUGACGUUAAGAAGCACAAAAAGAAAAAACGAAAGUGCUCGGAUGAUUGUGAACCCGAAUCGGCUGAACAGCCCAGCGAGAAUUCACAAGAAACUCAGCUUGAUCAAAUAGAAACCAACGACAGGCAAACGAAUCAUUUGAACCAAAACCUUGAUGAGGAAAUAUCAUGCCGCGUAAGGGUUGAUGUUUUGAAGCAACUGGAUGACAAAGGUUUCCCCGGAUCUAACUUUGCAGACAUUGUAGGCUAUGGGUUGACACACGACGUGAAAUUGAUUAAACGAGAGAGCAACAAAAAGCGGAGUCUUGAAAAGCAUAACUUCAUAAGGCAGAAGCAAAUAUCGUACCAGCGGAAACGACAGGUGCUGAAAAAGGUGAGCGCGUUUAAAGGGAUUUGAGGUAUUUUCUAUUAGCAUGAUAAUAUAUAUGUUUAUCCAAUAUGGAAAUAUACAA